UCCUCGCUGACCCCCGUUGGGUGGACCUGUGGAUAAAAGGGGAAUUUCUAGGGGGAUCAAGAACAUUGCACAUUGAAGAGUGCACUUGGGACCAACUUUAGGAAAAAAAAAAUAGUCAGGGAAUAUAUUCCGAAUCAUGACUGGAAAAGAAGGGGCAGUGUUGUCUGAGAGUUUAAAUAAACCGAAAUCUGCAUCCCUGUCGGAGAACACAGGGGCGAACCAUCAGCCGUCAAAGAUCAUCUCGACCAACCCUCCGAGGUGUACAGGAUUUGGGAUUCAGGAAAUAUUGGGCUUGAACAAGGAGUCCUCAUCUGUCCCCAGGGCCGCCCUCGAAUCCCUGCCGACCGGAGCUCACCUGCUGGCGGCUAGGUCAGUUCUGAGCCCAGCUGGGGUGGGGAUGGGGAUGGGACUGAUCAGUGCCGGGGGCAUCCCGGCAUUUUACAGCCAACCUGCCUUUCUGGAAGUAUUGUCAGAUCCACAGAACGUCCACCUUCAGCCUCUAAACAGGACAACGGGACCUUUGGACACCAGCCAGACAGCCAGCUCAGAUUCUGAAGACGUUUCCUCAAGUGAGAAAAAACUGUCGAAGUCCUCUCUAAGUCAGAGUAAGAAACGGAAGAAGCGCAGGCACAGAACGAUCUUUACGUCCUAUCAAUUGGAGGAACUGGAGAAGGCCUUCAAUGAAGCACACUAUCCUGAUGUCUAUGCCAGAGAGAUGCUAGCUAUGAAGACAGAGCUCCCGGAGGACAGGAUACAGGUGUGGUUCCAGAACCGGCGUGCCAAGUGGAGAAAGCGUGAAAAGUGCUGGGGACGGAGCAGCGUGAUGGCGGAAUAUGGGCUUUAUGGCGCCAUGGUGCGACACUCAAUUCCCCUUCCAGAAUCCAUCCUCAAGUCUGCCAAGGAUGGCAUCAUGGAAUCCUGUGCUCCAUGGCUCCUAGUUCAAGAUGGCUUGCCAAUGACCAGACGCUUUUCUAAAACCGAAUGCCCACAAUUCUUUUUAGGAAUGCACAAAAAGUCCAUGGAGGCCUUGUCGAACUCCCCAGGCGGGAAAGCUGAUCCCCUGCCAUCGCUGGCCGUUCACAAGCAAGACGAGAGAGAGGCGGACGACAGGAGGAAAGACUGCAAGUCUCCCAUCUCCAAAGAGGAACUGAGAGAGAACAGCAUUGCGGCACUCCGGGCCAAAGCGCAGGAGCACAGCGCCAAAGUACUCGGGACUGUUUCUAGUGACGCACCGCCACGCAAGGCAAUGGCGCUGGAGGAAACGGAAGAGAAGAGUGGCGAUAGCGUCAAGCCGGCGGAGGAAGAGGACGACGCGAAAUAGGCGUGUCGUCUGAAUGCCAGGAGGCUGGACAUUUGGGGAGACUGUUGAGCUUGACAAGCUUUCUUUUUAUUGAUGUAACGUUUUUUGUAUAUUUUUUCGAUAAUAUUUCUGCUUGAUAUUUCUCUGCUCAUGAAAUGAGUAUCUUCGUGGAGGUUGGAUACCUUCAAAAAGUAAAAUCGGGGGUAUAUUAUCAUUUGUUUUUCUUUUAAAGAGCAAAAUAGCUGCUAGUUUUUGUUUAUGCUGUGCUGCCAGUCACUCCUCGAAUGUUUUAUUAAAACGCACAAACGCUCCGAAAGCAGCUCACUUCAGAAGGAUUACUGACCACCGACAAAGAACAAGUGGAAAUGUCCGAGUAGCGAAUCACAACAAAAAAAGAGAGCACGAGUGAGUACAGUGACUUAAAAACCGUCAUGGGACAGCAAUAACAGCAGAGCAAAAUUAGUCAAACGAAGACUACUCGAAAAUAACUUAACUAGACCAUUUCAAAGCAGUGUUGGGGAACGCUACUUUUAAAAGUAACUGAGUGACAUUACUGACUACUUACCAAAACACGUCAUUAAAUAUGGCAUAUUGUAAUGCGUUACAAACAGUGCGUUGCUUUUUCUUUUGUAUUAAAAAUCCUACGCCCAUGUAGAACCCGUCCUGAAACUUAUCAAUAGCAAGUAUCUGGAUGAAAACUAAACAGAUGAUACUUUAUUUGUAAGUUUCCGUUACACUCUUUUAAAUGCUAGUUCUGUAAUGGUACUUUACAGGGCCGUGUGGUUCCUUGUUGAACUCUUGCCUGACAAAGAACCAUUUAAUUUAGGGACUAAAAAUAUAUAUAUAAAAUAUUACAAAUGAUCGGACAAAAGAGAAGUCCUUAAUGUAUAGUAGGCAGGAUACUUACAGAUCAAGAAAAUCUGAACUUAACUCGAGUUAUUGUGUGCAGCGAGAGUCCUUUUAAAAUCAGGAACCCAUUGUCAUUUCACAAAAUCUGUUAUCUCUUUUUAUAUUGACCGCUACAGAAAGUUCCUUCGGGGACCUUCAUGUGGAUGGCUCCUCUGGUAACCAAAAAUGGCCUCGCUCUUCAGGGCCGCUUUGGCACCCUGACUUUUACGAGUGUAUUGGACUGCAUGUGGCACACUCUGUUGAUUGGCUGUGUGACUGAGCGGUCCACCACAUUUAUUUGGGUGAUCACUGGCUCCCUGCGAUGCUAAACUGGGCCAGUUAAAUUUACCCCUCAGCACAUGCAGGACUAAAUGUAUAUUUGUAACUUUUGUUCAGUUCAGUUCCCUUUAUUGCAUGUUUUUAACCUCUUCCUCCCUAGCUUUUACCAGAUGGCCAAAGCACAUAUGUAUACAAUAUUACUGAAUAAAUGCAAUACGUCUGCAUAAUAACACUCUUUUUUUGUCUGAGGAGCAGGAAUAAGCAUUAGAAAUAAUGUAUUUUUUAAGGUAAUACACGUUUUUACUUCAGGAAAAUAAGUAUUGUGUUACAUGACUUGUUACUUUAAAAAGUAGUCUAUGUAAUGCACGUUACUUUUAAUAUGUUGCCCCCCCCCCCCCCCCCCCCCAACAGUGUUUAAAAGUUGCUACAUAGAGGAAAAAACACGCUAAUAAUAACGUAAAAAGUCACUUUUAUGGAUUUUCAGACCUUGACCACAACGUCCGUACUUCUUGCUCCUAUCAUGUAGCUCAGGGGAUCCCAAGUCCAGCCCUGGUGUACCACUGUGGCUCCAGGCCUUCAUUCCCACCAGUUACACAAAUCAGUAGGCCACACGUUUGUCUCAACCACCUAAUUUUUUUAGCUGGCCUUUUUUCUUUUCUUUUUCUUUAUUUAGAAAAGGGCACUAGUAUGAUAUUUGCAUUUUGAACAAAUUUGGAGAUGCGAUUUCUUCGUCAUAGUUUUAAACACUAUGCCGUUAAUUAUUGUACUUUUUCUUGCUUUUUAAGAGUUUUCAUUUUUUAUGUUCUGUUUAAGGGUUUUCUUAUUAAUCAGCUGACAAGUGAAUUUUAUACACCCAAGUCUGCGCUGCUUAUCACUAAUCCUGUGUCUGAACAGAAUUAAGUGAGUAAACCCCACAGGAAAAGGUGAAUUUAAAAGAAUAUGGUUCACAAAAGUUAACAUUUAAAGAUAUGGCAAAAAAAUGCACAUUUCUGAAUGUUGUUUACAUGUAAAUAUACUAGCACGUAUUUCCGAAUGCAAAAUAAGAGAAGAAAAAGACUAAUUAAAGAAUUAGAUCAUUAGAAUUUAUUCAUGAAACUGUUUGGAAUGAAAACCCGCAGCCCCAGUGGUACUAGAGGACUGAACUUGAGGAGCCCUGGUGUACCUCAUUGUGGGGCAGUGUAGACGAGAGAUGUAUUAAUUUUGGUCACUUGUGUACGCCAGUGAUACAUUUUGUUGACUUCACAUGAUCUUUUCUGCUGAGAAAAUAGUCCCAUUUUGAAGUAAGCUUAGGUUAGGGAUCAAACUGUUCCCUUCUGUACAUUAAGUAAACGUUGAUCACAACAUUUAUUUGCUUUGUUUUCUUAUUCAAGAGGGGGUGCUUACAGCUGUUUCAGCAAAAUCUCAAGUUUUCUGAAGCCACAUUAUCCGUUAAAGAGCCUGUAUCAGCAAGCUUGGGAUCAACCCUGGGUGAAAUCACAGGGCAACAGCACAUAACCUCAUAGCAGGGAAGUUUAGAGCUGCUUGUUAACCUCACGUACAAAUGAAAAUAACCCAGAGUGCUGGGAAAACUCUUUAGCAGCCUAUAGGAGGUAAUUGGGCAGAGACUUCAAGCCAGGAGGUGUGGAGCAGCAGCAGCAAUAACUACUGUCCAGAUCCUACAUAGAAACAAGGACAACUCAUAUUCUAAUUUCCAUAGUAAUGACAUACUGAGCAUUUUAUGUAAGUUGUUCAAAAAUCAGACCCUCACAAAGCACUGAGCGAUUUAAUAUUAAUAAUAUCAUUUAAGAAUUGCCGUUCAGUUUUAGUGUUGUCACUUUUAUACUUCAUGUGAUGCAGGUGAACUUGUUGUAGUGAGGCAGAGAUUGUACGGCUGCCGUUGAUUCUGUCUAAAUAACUGCAGCAUGCAGGCAGCUAAUAAUGGCAAUAUUUUGAAGUUAUCUUUAUUGUUUGAAUAAUGUCUUUCAUUUUAUCACUCCUGGAAUUCACUCGCAAGUCCUUUUCCUGACAGUGUGUGGGACGCACUGUUUUGUUUCUUUCAGACGGUGUCUAACAAGACAUGGAUGUGUCUGUUACAAGAGUGGACAUCGUUGUGCUACACCUUUAACAUUCACGGUGAAUAAAGUAAGAGUAACAGUCUUCAGAAAAAGAGUAAGAAAAUCCAAAUGUUUCACUCAGUCCCCGAGCACUUAGUGUUCAUCACUGGAGUCUGCAGAGUCAAACCUGGCACUAUUGUGAAAAAAAAUCAGUAUUAUAUAUUUUUUUUAAAGUGAAAUAGUAGCAAUGCAGCUAUUCUAUGUACUUUGGUGUAAAUAUUGUAAAUAAAGUCAUUACAAAUACUCCUAAAGUGUUUUAAACCAGACCUUCUGUAGCAAAGGAUCAAAUCAGUCAAGAUUUCUGUAUGUGAAAUAAACAGUGACGUUGUU